AGAGGACCCGGCAACUAAUUACAAUCUUGCUCCUCCGCCGUUGAGGUGAACUAUUUUCUCUCUGUCGGGGAGGUACAUUUGAGUUAGCGCUCCUGAACUGGGAGCCCAAACCAAGCCCAUUUAGCCCAGCCGCCGCGGGUGGAAGGCUUCCUAGGGCUGAACCUGACAGAGAAUAUUCAAGGAUCAGAGGGACACCCCGCGGAGGGAUCCGGUUUGUUGUGGUGAGGGGAGGGGGAGCCGCUGAUAAACCAAGAUGGCGGCGGUGGCGCUGAAGGCCGCGACGGUUGGGAGGUAACUGAGGUAGCGAAGGCGGCAGUAGUUGGGAGACAGCCUCGGAGUUUGGAAGGAGCGGGGCAGGACGACGAGGCAGUAGCCAUAGCGGCAGCUUGAGCGUCUCAGAGCGCGGCAGCCACACGCCCCCCUAGAGCCCUCGGCGGGCGGCGGCCCCCCUACUUUUAGGGCCUAGUCCCCGAGCAGUUCCUCGGCUUCAAACAGCGGCGGCGCCAUGAGUCCUUAAGGGCUAUUUUGAGUCUUCCUGAUCCCUGAUCCCUGGCCCUGCCCUCGGGCCCACCAUGGAGCCUGGGUCCGACGACUUCCUACCCCCGCCAGAGUGCCCGGUCUUCGAGCCUAGCUGGGCUGAGUUCCGCGACCCCCUUGGCUACAUCGCAAAAAUCAGGCCCAUCGCUGAGAAGUCAGGCAUUUGCAAGAUCCGCCCACCCGCGGAUUGGCAGCCACCCUUUGCUGUGGAGGUAGACAACUUCAGGUUUACUCCUCGAAUCCAGAGGUUGAAUGAGCUAGAGGCCCAGACGAGAGUGAAACUGAACUACUUGGACCAGAUUGCCAAAUUCUGGGAAAUCCAGGGCUCCUCAUUAAAGAUUCCCAAUGUAGAACGGCGGAUCUUGGACCUCUACAGCCUCAGCAAAAUUGUGGUGGAGGAAGGUGGUUAUGAAGCUAUCUGUAAGGAUCGUCGGUGGGCCCGGGUGGCCCAACGCCUCAACUAUCCACCAGGCAAAAACAUUGGCUCCCUGCUGCGCUCCCACUAUGAACGUAUUGUUUAUCCAUAUGAAAUGUACCAGUCUGGAGCCAACCUUGUGCAGUGUAAUACACGUCCAUUUGAUAAUGAGGAGAAAGACAAGGAAUACAAACCCCACAGCAUCCCUCUCCGACAGUCUGUGCAGCCUUCCAAGUUCAACAGCUAUGGCCGGCGGGCUAAGAGACUACAGCCUGAUCCGGAACCUACAGAAGAAGAUAUUGAGAAGAAUCCAGAGCUGAAGAAACUUCAGAUCUAUGGGGCAGGCCCCAAAAUGAUGGGCCUGGGCCUCAUGGCCAAGGAUAAGACUCUGCGGAAGAAAGAUAUACUUUUAUCUCUCCCAGAUAAGGAAGGGCCUGAGUGUCCUCCUACUGUAGUUGUGAAGGAGGAGUCCAGCGGGGAAGUGAAGGUGGAGUCAGCCUCGCCCAAAACCUUCCUGGAGAGCAAGGAGGAAGUAAGUCACAGCCCAGAGCCCUGCACCAAGAUGACCAUGAGGCUUCGGAGGAACCACAGCAAUGCCCAGUUUAUUGAGUCAUAUGUUUGCCGGAUGUGCUCCCGAGGAGAUGAGGAUGACAAGCUCCUGUUGUGUGAUGGUUGUGAUGACAACUACCACAUCUUCUGCCUGCUGCCUCCUCUGCCUGAGAUCCCCAAGGGUGUCUGGCGCUGUCCAAAGUGUGUCAUGGCGGAGUGUAAGCGGCCCCCUGAAGCUUUUGGCUUUGAGCAGGCUACCAGGGAAUACACUCUGCACAGCUUUGGAGAAAUGGCUGACUCCUUUAAAGCAGACUACUUCAACAUGCCCGUGCAUAUGGUGCCCACAGAGCUUGUAGAGAAAGAGUUCUGGCGGUUAGUGAAUAGCAUUGAGGAAGAUGUGACUGUUGAAUAUGGGGCUGACAUCCAUUCCAAAGAAUUUGGCAGUGGUUUCCCUGUCAGUGACAGUAAGCGGCACCUAACUCCGGAGGAGGAGGAGUAUGCUACCAGUGGUUGGAACCUGAACGUGAUGCCAGUAUUGGAACAGUCUGUACUAUGUCACAUCAAUGCAGAUAUCUCUGGGAUGAAGGUGCCCUGGCUCUAUGUGGGCAUGGUCUUUUCAGCCUUUUGCUGGCAUAUUGAGGAUCACUGGAGUUAUUCCAUUAACUACCUCCACUGGGGUGAGCCGAAGACCUGGUAUGGAGUACCCUCACUUGCUGCAGAACACUUGGAAGAAGUGAUGAAGAAAUUGACCCCUGAACUCUUUGAUAGCCAGCCUGACCUCCUGCACCAACUUGUCACACUCAUGAAUCCCAAUACCCUCAUGUCCCAUGGUGUGCCGGUUGUCCGCACAAACCAGUGUGCCGGAGAAUUCGUCAUCACCUUUCCCCGUGCUUACCACAGUGGCUUCAACCAAGGCUACAACUUUGCUGAGGCUGUCAACUUUUGCACUGCUGACUGGCUGCCGGCUGGGCGUCAGUGCAUUGAGCAUUACCGCCGCCUCCGAAGAUACUGUGUCUUCUCCCAUGAGGAGCUCAUCUGCAAGAUGGCUGCCUGCCCUGAGAAGCUGGACCUGAACCUGGCAGCAGCCGUGCACAAGGAAAUGUUCAUCAUGGUGCAGGAGGAGCGGCGGCUGCGGAAAGCCCUCCUGGAGAAGGGCAUCACCGAGGCUGAGCGAGAGGCGUUUGAGCUGCUCCCUGAUGAUGAGCGCCAGUGUAUCAAGUGCAAGACCACGUGCUUCCUCUCUGCCCUGGCCUGCUAUGACUGUCCAGAUGGCCUUGUCUGCCUUUCCCACAUCAAUGAUCUCUGCAAAUGCUCCAGUAGCCGGCAGUACCUGCGGUAUCGGUACACCUUGGAUGAACUCCCUGCCAUGCUGCAUAAGCUGAAGGUUCGGGCCGAGUCCUUUGACACCUGGGCCAACAAAGUGCGAGUGGCCCUGGAGGUGGAGGAUGGGCGGAAGCGCAGCCUUGAAGAACUGAGGGCACUGGAGUCUGAGGCCCGUGAGCGAAGGUUUCCCAACAGUGAGCUGCUACAGCGACUGAAAAACUGCCUGAGUGAGGCAGAGGCAUGCGUGUCCCGGGCUCUGGGGCUGGUCAGCGGCCAGGAAGCUGGCCCCCACAGAGCAGCUGGUCUCCAGAUGACCCUGGCCGAGCUCCUCGCAUUUCUGGACCAGAUGAACAACCUGCCUUGUGCCAUGCACCAGAUUGGUGAUGUCAAGGGCAUUCUGGAACAGGUGGAGGCCUACCAGGCCGAGGCUCGUGAGGCCCUAGCCUCACUACCCUCCAGUCCAGGGCUACUGCAGUCCCUGUUGGAGAGGGGGCGGCAGCUGGGGGUGGAGGUACCCGAGGCCCAGCAGCUCCAGCGGCAGGUGGAACAGGCGCGAUGGCUGGAUGAGGUGAAACGCACGCUGGCCCCCUCAGCCCGAAGAGGCACCCUGGCUGUCAUGCGGGGACUGUUGGUCGCGGGUGCCAGUGUUGCCCCUAGCCCUGCUGUGGAUAAGGCCCGGGCCGAGCUGCAGGAGCUGCUAACCAUUGCUGAACGCUGGGAGGAGAAGGCCCACCUCUGCCUCGAGGCCAGGCAGAAGCAUCCACCGGCCACGCUCGAGGCCAUAAUCCAUGAAGCAGAAAACAUCCCUGUGCACCUGCCCAACAUCCAAGCUCUCAAGGAGGCUCUCGCCAAGGCCCGGGCCUGGAUUGCUGAUGUGGAUGAGAUCCAAAAUGGUGACCACUACCCUUGCUUGGAUGACUUGGAGGGCCUAGUGGCUGUGGGCCGGGACCUGCCUGUGGGACUGGAGGAACUGAGACAGCUGGAGCUGCAGGUACUGACAGCGCACUCCUGGAGGGAAAAGGCCUCCAAGACCUUUCUCAAGAAGAAUUCUUGCUACACACUGCUAGAGGUGCUCUGCCCGUGUGCAGACGCUGGCUCAGAUAGCACCAAGCGCAGCCGGUGGAUGGAGAAGGAGCUGGGGUUAUACAAAUCUGACACAGAGCUGCUGGGGCUGUCUGCGCAGGACCUCAGGGACCCAGGCUCUGUGAUCGUGGCCUUCAAGGAAGGGGAACAGAAGGAAAAAGAGGGUAUCCUGCAGCUGCGCCGCACCAACUCAGCCAAGCCCAGUCCACUGGCAUCGUCGACCACAGCCGCUUCUGCAACUUCGAUCUGUGUGUGUGGGCAGGUGCCGACCGGGGUAGGAGCGCUGCAGUGUGACCUGUGUCAGGACUGGUUCCAUGGGCGGUGUGUUUCAGUACCCCGCCUCCUCAGCUCCCCACGGCCCAGUCCUGCCUCAUCCCCAUUGCUGGCCUGGUGGGAAUGGGACACCAAAUUCCUGUGUCCACUGUGCAUGCGCUCACGGCGCCCGCGCCUGGAGACCAUCCUGGCAUUGUUGGUAGCCCUGCAGAGACUGCCUGUGCGGCUGCCUGAGGGCGAGGCCCUACAGUGCCUCACGGAAAGGGCCAUCAGCUGGCAAGGCCGUGCCAGGCAGGCUCUGGCCUCCGAGGAUGUAACUGCUCUGUUGGCACGACUGGCUGAGCUCCGCCAACGGCUGCAGGCUGAACCCAGGCCUGAGGAGCCCCCUGCCUACCCUCCAGCCCCUGCCUCAGAUCCUCUCCAAGAAGGCGGUGGCAAGGAUAUACCCAAGGUCCAGGGCUUACUGGAGAAUGGAGACAGUGUGACCAGUCCGGAGAAGGUAGCCCCCGAGGAGGGCUCAGGUAAGAGAGAUCUAGAGCUGCUGUCCGCCCUGUUGCCGCAGUUGACUGGUCCUGUGUUGGAACUGCCUGAGGCAACCCGGGCCCCGCUGGAGGAGCUCAUGAUGGAGGGGGACCUGCUGGAGGUGACGCUAGAUGAGAACCACAGCAUCUGGCAGCUCCUGCAGGCCGCACAGCCUCCGGACCUGGAGCGAAUCCGCACACUUCUGGAGCUGGAGAAGGCAGAGCGCCAUGGGAGCCGGGCUCGCGGCCGGGCCCUGGAGAGGCGGCGGCGGCGGAAGGUGGAUCGGGUUGGGGAGGGCGAUGACCCAACCCGAGAGGAGCUAGAGCCAAAGAGGGUCCGGAGCUCAGGGCCGGAGGCUGAGGAGGCCCAAGAGGAGGAGGAGCUGGAGGAGGAGAGUGGGGGUGAGGCCCCCCCUGCACCCCUCCCCACCGCUGGCAGCCCCAGCACCCAGGAAAACCAGAAUGGCUUGGAAGCGGCGGUGCUAGGGGCCGCCUCGGGCCCCCCGGGCCCUUUCUCCACUUUGACUUCCAGGCUGCAUGUGCCCUGUCCACAGCAGCCACCUCAGCCACAAUUGUGACAGUGGCUGAGCCUAACAGACCCACCAGAGACCUCCCCCAACCCCAGGGCCUCAAGGAUCCUCUUUCUGACCAUCAAGCCUGCUUCUUGGGAGGUGGGCAGGUGGGCUUAGCCUCCCCGCCCCCACCCGCCCUCGGGCCCCUUGACUUUUAUACUCUGACUCCAAGGUAUUGUUCAGACCUCAGCUCCUGGGGGCCGGCCCCUGGAGGCCCCUCCCUGGGAGCCUCUAACCAGCAUUCCCAGACACCUGAGGCAGACACACAGCUGGGCGGGCAGGGAGGCAGCAGGGGCUGGGCCGGCACCAUUCCAGAGACAAGGCCAGUGCAUAUGCAAACUGGGGAACUCUCUUCUUCCUUCUCUCCCCAGUUCAGGCCCUGGCCAGGCCGCGCUACACUAACCUCCCUCUCGUCCUCUCCCUCUUCUGCCUCCCCGUCUCUUUCUUCCCUCCUUGCUCCUCCCUUCCCUGACUGUUCACCCAGGAGGAGGAAACUUCACUUAGCUGUGCUCACAGGUUUUCAUGUUAGAGAUGUGUCUGGGAGCUGCCCAGGGCUCUCUGGGAUUGGAAGAAAGCUUUUGGUGCUUGUCCUCACGACCACCUCGGCCCUCCCUCCCUGUCCUCCCGUCUCCUUUCCUCCUCCUGGGUUCAUGUUGUAAUAAAAGAUUGUUGGUGUGUAAUUAAUUUGUUCAAAAGCAAAAACAAAACAACAAAAAAAAACUUGGUUCCAACUGAAGCCUAUUUUAAUUUUAUUUUAUUAUUUUCCUCUUGUUAGAAAUAAAACCCUUAGCAACAUUUUUUGGAAA